CUGUCUCGUUAUGUUACUGUAGUUCUUUGUAAUUCACAGUAUUUAGAAUAUGAACUUAAAUAAUGACUGUAUUUUGUUUUCGAACCUUAUGUUGUUUUAACUUCUUUAAAUGUAACUAAAUAGCGUCAAUGUUUAGCUAGCUAUCGUUACCCCCAGAAUACAGCUAAUUAACAUCAGUAUUAGCUAGCUAUGCUACAGGCUAACACGAGCAUCUCUUUUGUAAAGCAGUAAGAAUAUACGCGUCUUUAUAAGUAUAUUUUUCUCAUAGCAAAUGGAUAUUUCAUGAAGCCAGCACUAUGUUACUGCCCAGGGCGAACCACGUUAGGAUUUUAACAUUUAUGUGCAUGACUGGUAUAAGUGAAUUGUAAGAUACAGUAACAGUUAACAUUUUAAAACCAUGGAGGACAGCGGAGGGAAGGUUGAUUCGGACGAUAUCGUGAUCAUUGUGGAGAAUGAAGCUGAAAGCAAACCGAUCCAGGAGCCUAAACAGAAAGAAGAGGGCAGCUUGGGCCUGCUGGACAUCUGCCCCAUGUGUAAGCUCAGCUUCCACAGUAGAGAGCCCAAACUGAUGCCCUGCCUGCACUCCUUCUGUAAAAGAUGCCUACCUUCACCGUCCAGGAGUCUGGCAUACAACGAGCAGGCCACCAACCACCAGAUGACAGCUGAUGGUCAUCCAAUGCCAAUGAAUGUAAUCCGAUGCCCGGUUUGUAAUCAAGAGUGCAUGGAAAUCGAAGUCUUGGACAACUUCUUUGCCAAGGACACCAUGGAGGUGCCGAGCAGCACUGUGGAGAAGACCAGUCAGCUGUGCAUGAGCUGUGAUGACAACACUGAGGCGACAGGUUAUUGUGUGGAGUGUGUCGAGUUCCUGUGUGUCACCUGUAUCGAGGCGCAUCAGCGUGUAAAGUUCACCCGGGAUCAUACCAUCAGACAAAUGGAGGAGAUGUCAUCAGAAGGAAUGGGUGCUUCCACACAGAAACCUGUGUUCUGUGAAAUCCACAAGCAAGAGCCUUUAAAGCUGUUUUGUGAAACCUGUGACCGGCUGACAUGCAGGGACUGCCAGCUUCUCAAACACAAGGACCAUAACUACCAGUUUCUGGAUGACGCAUAUAGGAACCACAGAGAACACCUGGAGAAGAUGACAGGCCAGCUUCAGGAAAAAAGAAAGGCCAUCGGGGAAGUGUCCGACACCAUAAACAAUGGUCUUCAGCAAGUCGAUGAAAACCGCAAGACUGUCACCAAUGAAAUAAAAAAGGCCAUUUGCAAUCUGAUCAUGGAAAUUAACAGAAAAGGAAAGAUUUUAAUCAACCAGCUUGAGGCACUGACAAAAGACCAUGAAACCGUCCUGAAGAAGCAGCAAGAGGACAUCUCCUCCCUUACCAAGCAUCUUGAUCAUGUUAUCAACUUCACAAAGUUGGCAACAGGCAGUAACAGUGGUACAGCACUGCUCUACUGUAAACGGCUGAUCUUGCAUCAAAUCCAGUACCUGCUGAGAGCGAAGUGCAACACCUUCUUCGUUCCUCAGAGUUCCGUCCGAUUUCAGUGCCGCGCUGCAUUCUGGGCCUCCAACGUCGACUUGGGCUCUCUGGUGGUAGAGAAAAGCUCAGCACGUCAACCGAGUGGACCUCAGCCCUUCCCUUACCAGCAGAUGAACCCUGGCCCUAGACCUGAAGGGCCCCCAGGUGGCCUCCCAGGGCCACAGGUUCAGCAGCAAAGACAGAGCACGCUGGCCCAGCUGCAGAUGCAGGUGGAAAAACUCGCCCAGCACCCGAAUCGGCACGUAUCGCCGAACCACUGGUCGUGGGGAAUGCGGCCUCCCGGGCAGCCACCACCCACCAGACCACUGCAGGGAGGCUCGCCUUCACAGAAUAUGCUCAACAUGCCUCAGCAAAACUGGAGGUACGGGAGCCCGCACAUGGAUGCGAGAAGUCAACCAACACUUAUCCAGAACUCCAACAUUCCCCAACAGACGUUACGAGGGCUAAUCAACAACACUAACUUCCCGCCUAAACCCAUGGAAGUAAUGCAGGGACUCUCUCGCUAUCCCCAGAACGCACCUCUUCAGAAUGCUGGUCUUCUUACGUCUCAAGCCUCUCUCAUUCAGAGAAACAUGAUGGAAGCUUCAUAUCUCAGCAGGAGAAGUGAACCCACUGGCUCCCUGUCUGUAUCAGGACCCAGACCCAGUUAUUCUCAUAACCCUCCUCCCACUGUGGCUGACAGAAAUACUCAAUUAAGACAGGUUUCUCCAAUGUCUGCUCCUACAUCAUCAGAAGCAAGGACAAGAGUCGCUACAUGGAAACGUUCAGAGCCUCCAUCCAGCGGACCACCAACGGUUACAACCAAGAGAAGGAGACGAGUAUCUCCAGGACCUGUCAUCGUCAUCAAGGAUGAGCCAGAAGACGAUGACGAUGUUCACUUUGUUAAGACCACUUCCAAAGCCAGUCUUCCAGACAGCACUGGGGUUCAGUCUCAGACGCCGCAGCAGGGUUCAACUCCUACAGGAGGACAGCAGAGGAACCCUGGCGGUGAGGAGGACCCUAAUGAGGACUGGUGUGCAGUCUGUCAGAACGGAGGCGAGCUGCUCUGCUGUGAUAAAUGUCCUAAAGUCUUCCAUCUCAGCUGUCAUAUCCCCACUCUUACCGCCUCCCCAAGUGGUGAAUGGUACUGCUCGUUCUGUCGGGACCUGAAUUCACCUGAAAUGGAGUACGACACUGAUAGCGGAGGGGGUUCCAGUAACAUGAAACCAGAUCCUGAUUCAGAAACAUUUACAGCUGUGGACAGACGGAAAUGUGAGAGAAUGUUGCUUCGCAUUUACUGCAAUGAACUCAGCACUGAUUUCCAGGAGCCUAUUACACCAUUGACUAUGCCAGAAUACAGCGAGAUCAUUAAAACACCGAUGGACUUGUCUAUUGUGAAAAGCAAACUAGAAGGCAGGGGGAGCGCCAGUUACAGGAGCACCAAGGACUUUGUGGUAGACAUCAGGCUUAUUUUUAAAAACUGUGCCACUUUUCACAAGGAGGACGUGGAGAUGUCCAGCGUUGGAGCGAAUCUGGAGAGUUUUUUUGAAGAACAACUCAAGGUCCUGUAUCCAGACCAGACCUUCGCCGAUGUUAAGUCUGAACAAGCUGCUUCAGAACCGGAACCCGAACCUGCACCCGAACCUGCACAGGCAGUCUCAUCCCCAAAAGAUCCAGAAGAACCGGUAGCUCCUUCACCAAAAACGACCUCUCCAGAAGUCCCUGCGGUGGAGGAGACUGUGGAAGGCAACGAUGAUAGUCCUCCAAAGGAAGAACCUCAGUCAGAGGAACCUGUAGAGAAUACAGUGAGCUCAGAGAAACCACCAGAAAGCUGCAGCCCUAAAAAUACAGCCCAGGAGCAGAGUGAUGGAAAGGAUCAGGAAGGUUGAUUGGACUACCGAAAUAGUUUUGCCAAACCGUCUUGUUCGAUUUUUACGUUGCUGUCCUUCUCCCACUCCACUCUACAGACAGUGGGUUAGAUUUGCAAUAAUAAUAAUAAUAAUGGAUAAAUAAUCAUGACAAAAAAGAGCAGUAUUGCUCAUUAGGGUAUGUAAAAUAGGCACAAUUUAAGCAGGUGUAAAAAGUAGUAAUUAUUGUUUUUGAAUUCUUGCAAUCUUGAAUACUGUAUCAGUGUUGAAUAUGACAUCUCCAAAGUAUCAACAUUUUGAUUUGCUUUAUGUAUAUUUAUUUGUGUUGUUUCUGAGUUUAAUUUGAUCAGGUACUCUGGAAACAGGCACACAAAAUAAAUGAAAUAUAAAAUGAAAAACAGUUGAUUUUGGUAUAAUGUGGUGUUUUAAAAAGUGUGAAUUUUGAGCAUUGAGCUAGUUAAUUUACAAUCUUAUUCCUUGAGAUUGUAAUGAAUGUGCUUACCGGACGAGCAAGUCAUUUUUCAGUCAGGAAAGUUUGCACUCUUGGAUGCAGAUUUGCCUUAAUUCUUGAUUGUGUGCUCCACCACACAAACACCAUGUGGUUAUGGUCUCAUGGGGGCCUCUUUCUACUGAUAAAUAGGCAACAGAGGAGUGACAAAGUGUACAGAGCCACAGAUGGACUACAGUCAGUCAUUGUAUACCCACUAAGUUCAUCUGUAUAGUAGGUGGAGCUUAGUAAACUAUCAAUGCAUGUAUAUUCCAGAUGGGUGUGCCUAAUAAAGUGCUCAGUAAAUCAAAAUGCUCGUAUUUAGUCCAGUGUACAUUUUGCAACAGCAGAAUUAUUUUACAUUCUUAUUCCUUUACAUUGUAGUGAAUGCGCUUACUGGUCCAGCCAGUCAUUUUUCAGUCAGGAAAGUUUGAACACUUUGGAUGCAGUUUUGCCUUUAUCCUUGAUCCUGUGCAUACUUCAAUGGGUAUGACAUCAUAAACAAAGUAUAAUGAUGUUGAUACGUCCACAAAGGUGGGUUGUGUAGAUAAAGGUGUUAAACAACCAGUAACAAGACCAGCACGAAUGAUGAUGAAGGUUUUAAUGAAAUAACAAGUCAUCUACAACACCAGAUAACACCACAAAUGCAUAUACAAAACACAAGCAAGUGAUAAUGUUGGUGGACAAACCUGGGAGAAAGAACAUGGACAGUACCAAAGAAAAGUAAAUAAUUAAACAAACUACACUAGGCUGUAUGUUUAGGCUCUAACCUACCUAAAAACAAAAGCUAAUUGCUACCCUAGGCUAAACUACCAAAACUACAAGAGGUGGUACCUGCCCUCUAACCUAGUGUGCCAUAAACACAACUUAUAAAUAAUCAUUAAGUAGUUGAUCUUUUUUUAUUUCGUUUUAAUAAACAAUGAAGUGAAUUCUUAUAUGUAUAAUUCACAUCUAAACAAGGGUGGCACGGUGGCUAAGUGGGUAGCACUGUCGCCUCACAGCAGGUGGGGCGGUCUGGGCCCUUUCUGUGUGGAAUUUGCAUGUUCUCCCUGUGUCUGCGUGGGUUUCCUCCGGGUGCUCCAGUUUCCUCCCAAAGACGUGCAAGUGAGGUGAAUUGAAAACACUAAAUUGUCCAUGACUGUGUUCGAUAUAACCUUGUGAACUGAUGAAUCUUGUGUAAUGAGUAACUACCGUUCCUGUCAUGAAUGUAACCAAAAGUGUAAAAAAAUCACGUUAAAAUCCUAAUAAACAUCUAAACAAA